CGAAACCUUUUGUUCAGCUCGUUUUAUACCACGUCCGCACCUUGACGUUACAUUGCCGUACUUUGUUGUUACAAUUUUCCCUCACGCUUUCACGAUGUUUCCAUUUCAAAGGACGGUAAUCCUACUGUUCUCACUAGCCUGUCUGAUCAUCUCCACAUCCAGCCGCAACACCCACAAAGUGAUACCGAUCGUGACCAGCGUCGAGUUACGGGAUAACUUGAAGUAUCUCAACUCUUCCGCCACCAUCCACAACGCAUCGACGGAAAGUAAGGUCGAUCUCGCCAUUACGGUCACACGACCACUUCCAGAUCCUUGGAUGAACUUCGUCGUGUGGAUCGACCUAGCUGCUGGAACGUUGCAGACUCCGCUGCAAAACAUAACGUUCGAUUUUUGCGAGUUUCUCAAGAACCCGGGACUGCAUCGGAUCGGUCAAAUACUGCACCGCGAGGUGAAGCGGAAUGGAAACAUACCCAACUGCCCGAUCGGUCCGGGGCUGUACAAGUUCUGUGGCAUAUCGACGGCAGCGAUGCGGCUGCCACCAUUUAUACCGGUAGCUAGCUACAUCAUGCACGUAUUUGUGGGUGUAGGAAAUGAAAUAGUGUACGAUUCCCGCUGGCACGGAUCGUUGAAGCGUGUCAAGUGUACCUCCAGCAUGCGCUGUUAA